AUGCAAUUCUCCACUGUUGUUAUCGCUUUGACUGCCGCCUCUGCUGUUUCCGCCGCCAACGGUACCAACAACUCCGGUAACGGUUCUAACCAGUCUACCUCUGGUGACUCUGGUGCUGCCCAGGUUGUUGGCUACGGUGCUUUUGGUGCUGCCGCUGCUGCCGGUGUUGCCUUAUCAUAUAAGUCACCUUCAGCUACAACCAUCGAGAUGUUUACUGGACUUGUGGAGAAAAUCGGCAAGGUUCUAGAGUACAAUGAGCUUGAUACUUCGUCUUCUGGUGGAAAUGGUGUUUCCAUGGUAAUUGGCGAUUGUUCAGAGAUCCUCACUGAUGUCCAUUUGGGUGAUUCUAUCAGCACCAACGGUGUCUGUCUUACAGUUACGGAGUUUGACGAGCAAAAGACUUAUUUCAAGGUUGGGGUAGCUCCAGAAACACUUAGAAGGUCGAACUUGGGUGACCUCAAGGUUGGUUCUCCUGUUAACUUGGAGAGAGCUGUCACUUCUGAGGUCAGACUAGGAGGCCAUGUCGUUCAAGGCCAUGUUGAUACUGUCGCUUUUAUCACUAAGAGACAAACAGACGGGAAUGCUAUCAACUUUACUUUCAAGCUUCGUGAGCGUGAAAAUAUCAACUACAUUGUUGAAAAGGGUUUCAUCGCUGUGGACGGUACUUCUCUAACCGUCACCAGCGUUGACUACGAUACUGCCGAGUUUUCUAUCAUGUUAGUGAGCUACUCGCAAGAGAAGGUCAUUUUGGCCAUAAAGGAACUCGGUCAAACCGUGAACAUUGAAGUGGACUUCACUGGCAAGUUGAUCGAGAAGCAGAUCGAAUUGACUUUAGAAGGACAACUUAAGAAGGAGAACUCUCCUCUUGUGAGAUUGAUCGAGGGGAUUGUGGAGAAGAGGCUUGCUGGUAAGUAA